AUGGCGCAACAAAAAUGGAAGGUUGGAUCCUUCCUGCAGCAAGCUGUCGCCGGCGUUGAAUCGAAGUUGGAUAUGAUCCUGGCCGAUGAGGAGCAGCGCCAACAGAUACAGCCAAAGCAAAAUACGGCGACGAAGAAUCAGCCUGGAAAUCUUUCGCGAAGUUCAUCAAAUGCGCGGAAGAAUGAUCGCCUUCAGGAGCGUCUGGCUCGCGCUGUUGUCAAAUCUAAUACCAAUGCUAAUUCCGCUUCCCAAUCCUCAAGUCGAGUCCCCUCUCCCGUCACCAGUCCGGUCACGAGUAAUGGCGCGCGGUCGAGCAUGGAUAUUGAAUCGAACCUUGGACGUAGCAGCCUCAAUCUCGAAGAAAGUGCCCAAAACGUCGCUCCUGCCGAUGAACUUUCGUCGAUUGCAGCCUCCAGAACAAGUCAUGACAGCAGCUCACCACGGAACUCGAAAGACAUUGUCCCCUCGCGCGCAUCGAAUGAGGAUUCCGAGUCGCAAAAGGCUAACUCAGAAAAGAGCACCGAAGUUGUACAAGAAAAUGGCGUUGAACCUGAGCUACAGGAAACCGAAGCUGACAAACCACACUCAUCUGAGGACCUUGCCCAGGACGCUGCGAAUGGUCCGAGUGAUAUCAUCGAGCCCUCCUCCACCGAUGUGGACAAGACUAUCGCACAGUUACAGGCAGAACACAAGGCAGCCGAGUCACGUUGGCAAGCGGAAAUGUACGAACAUAUUGAGCGAAUUGACGCAUUGCAGUCGAAAUUGAAGUACUUGACCAAGGAAGCUGCCGAGUCCGCCAAGAAAGCGGCCGCGGCGGAAGCACCUGGAAGUAUGGAGAGACAACUCCGGGAGAAGGACGAGAAAAUAGCACUGUUAUUCGAAGAAGGACAGAAACUUUCGAAAUCUGAGAUGGACCACCGUACGGCAAUCAAGAAACUUCGGCAGCAGUUGGCGGAGAAUACGAAAGUUCAAACUGAAAAUCACAAGAGAACAGAAAAGCUGGAAAGAGAUCUAGCCAACGCUGAGGCCAGGGCUAAGCGGGCUGAAGCUGCCGAAAAACGAGCCAAUGAAUCACUGACGUCUCAGUCAAAAAGCUCGCGAGAUCUUGAAACAGUCACAGCGGAGCGAGAUGCAUUGAGCCAAACAGUUCAGGAAUUGAAGGGCCAACUUGCCAGAGCAGUUGCGCGAGCUGAGGCAGCUGAAGCCAAAGCCCAGUCUGACGCGCUAGAGCAGGAAAAGCGCCAUGCGGCCAAGUUGGAAGAAGAACUGGCAAGCAUCAAGGCCGAGCGUGAUGAAAGUGAGGAAAGCUUGAAGACAGAGAUACGCGAUCUGAAGAGUACCAUUGAGCAAGAGAAGGAAAGGGCACGAGUACUGGAGGUCGAACUAAAGAACGAGCAAUCUGUAUUGGAAAGCAAGAUGGAGUCUCUUCGCUCCAGAGCGGAAGAAGCUUCAUCUGGGGUAGCUGGCGAUGCCCAAGCGAAGCUUCUACGCCAAAUCGAGACAUUGCAGACGCAGUAUGCUGUUGCCAGUGAAAAUUGGCAGGCGUUGGAGGGUUCUCUACUUGCGCGCUUAGCCAACGUAGAGAAAGAACGAGACGAAGCCGCACGCCGAGAGGGAGACCUGCGACGGAAAGUUCGGGAAGCGAACCUCAAAGCUAAAAGGGCCGAGGAGGACCUCGAAGAAGCAAAAGAGGUCGAGCAUGAUCUUGAAAGCAAACUCGAGGAACGCAUGCAGGAGUUGCAAAAACUCGAGCAGAAACUUCAAAAAGCUACGGACGAUUUAGUCUCGGCACAGAAAGACUUCGACGAACAGAAGAAAGUGUGCGAUGCAACAUGGGCACAGAAGCUGGAGGAAGAACGAGUGAAAUGGCGCGAGCAGGUUGUGCCCCCUGCCAUCUUCACCCAACAACAACGUACCGAGUCACCAGUAGCCUACAGUCGCAGGCCGAGUACCCUGGAGCCUGUAGGUUCUUUCAGUGACUUGCGAUCAAGUCGCCGGUCUUCGACUCUUCCCAUGACGUCGCCAGAGGUAGGCACACCAACACGACAGAACUCAUUCCCAACAUCUACGUCCGCUCUCCUUUCACCUCCAGCGAACAGCGCAUCCUUCUCGCAAUUUACGGACACCCCAUCAAUCUCUUUCGAACCAGACGAGUACUCUGCCCGGCCGCGCACGCCAUCUGCUUUUGGCGGAGCGCUGACCCAAAACUCCCGGGGAAUCAACGACAUUAUUUCGGAAUCCACUGUUGGCGCCGGUCCAUCGGUCCAGUUGGUGGAGCGCAUGAGUGCGACGGUUCGCCGAUUGGAAAGUGAACGAGCGGCCACGAAAGAUGAGCUUGCUCGUAUUGUAAGCCAACGCGAUGAAGCCCGGCAACAAGUUGUGGACUUGAUGCGGGAAUCUGAGGAGAAAAGGACAGUCGACGCCCGUGUCCAAGAACUAGAGAAGCGACAUGCAGAGCUAGAGGAGCGUUACGAGACUACUCUUGAGCUGCUGGGUGAAAAGAGUGAGCAAGUGGAAGAGCUCCAGGCCGAUAUUGCCGAAGUCAAGAAAAUCUACCGCGAGCUGGUGGAUAGUACCAUGAAAUGA